UGUGUCACCCACGCCUGCCAGCAUCGAUUUGAAGACAACAAAAAUGCGAUUGAGAUGUUUCGAAACUGGCUAGAGCGGAAUCCCGCCUUCAAUUGUUUCGUCUCCGCCGAGCAUGGCAGUGAAGCCCUCCUACGGAAAUGCUACCGUUUCAGUACAGUGGCCCUGAGUGCUAGCCUCCUCGGAUGCUGUAUUUUGGUAUCCCUCGCGGUACUCAUCUUCCUCUGCAAAUACGACCGAUGUGAAGUGUGGAACGACGAGGCGCCAUUAAUUGCCUAA